UUACCUGCGUCUUCCCUGCGUUUGUUCCCCCAUCUCGAAAGUCCCCGCGGAACGGUUCGACGCAUAUGCAAAUCAUCCGUUACUAUUAUUAUAAUAGUAUGGACGAGCGAUGCCGCGGUUAAAUGGCGUCUCAACAGUCCCAGCAGCAAUCACCAUUAGGAGGAGGAGGAGGAGGAACUGCUAAUGCUGUUGGUGGCGGAGGAAGUACAUACAAACGAGCGAGUCGGAAGGGAGCUCCCCGGAAGUUUUCGUGCGACUGGCCCGGGUGCGACAAGAUCUAUUCGAGAGCUGAGCAUCUUCAAAGGCAUCAAUUGAAUCAUGAUCCCAGAACUAUUUAUACGUGCGAUGUCCCUGGCUGCACGCAAGCAUUCGUGAGGGCAGAUCUAUUGGCGCGACACAGGAAGCGCCAUUCGGCCUCGUACACCCCUAGGAACCGCAACAGCAGCUCCAGCACGGCCACCAAAGAAUCUGCACAGGAUAGGCCUAUAAUGCCUUCACCUAGUAUCGCCCCGAAUCCUGUUGGACCACCGCGGUCGACGACAUUCCCUAAACAGCCCGCGAGUGCUCCGCGGAAUGCUCCGCGGAAUGCAGCUGUACUCUUAACCUCAGAUUCCCCGGUUCAAGCUCACCCUCCGCCUUUACCACCUCCACCUAUGGCACCUAUGGCACCUACACAGCCAACUCCGCUUCCACGUAGCGUCCCGUGGAUGUCUUCGAUAAAUAGUGUUAACAUCAUUCGUCAAAAGGCUGGGUUUUACGGUCGUGAACAACCACAGCCACAGCCACAACCACAACCACCCAUGCACGAUCAUCCUACGUUCGUUCCUUAUCAUAAUGUACCGGUGUCGACUGAAGCGAACGAGAUUGGGAUUCGCGAGAACUUUGGUGUGUGGCUCUUUGACCCUCAUCAGACGUAUCGAGACUUGAGUUUCGCCAACGUACCCUUUCUCGAAGGCGGGUUGGAGUCCCCGUUCAAUAAUAACAUUCAUUACGACCACGAAUCGCUUGCCAGUCGAUCUCAGCUUGAUCUUACACCUCCUCGACACCCCGAUAUGCCUGAUGAGCUUAUUUCCGAGUAUCGUCGGGUGGAAGUUCUACACUAUAUUAAACUGUUUUACCAGAAACGGAAUAAGUUCGACUCGAAGCUGGCUAAUUUGAUGCACGAGACAAGCGACGACACGUCAGGUUUAAGCUUGGAUUUCUUGCGGGAUUGUAUGCGACAUUAUUGGGAUUUCGUAUCUCCGAGACUUCCCAUCGUCCAUCAACCAACCUUCUCUUCCGCGCAAUGUUCCAUCUUCCUUCUCCUGGUUAUGAUUGCUUUGGGUGCCGCUCAUAUCUACAGUCGUGAAUCGACUCGGGAAAUGCCGGAGUAUAAAGCAUUAGCUGAUCUUAUUAUUUCUAAUGUCCGUUUCGAAAUUCUAACGGCUGAUGAAGCGUCUCCCCCUGUUGAUCUCUGGGUCGCACAGGCUUUACUCUUAGUGGAAUUUUACGAGAAGAUGUACUCGUCUAGGAACCUUCACGAGAGAGCGCAUGUCUAUCACUCGGUAACCCUGACACUGCUUAGACGAGGUAGUCCGCUGAUCGCAGGUGCGGGUUCUGAUUCGCCAUCCGACGAGUCGAAUGGAAGCAAUCAACCUGCGACUUCAGAUGCGAGGGCGUGGUGGGCGAAAUGGGCUAGGACCGAAUCGAUGCGUAGGGUAGUAUUUGCCGCAUUCAUGAUGGAUAUCAUCCACGCUGCUAUGUUUGGACAUGCGGCUGAUAUGGCUCCUCACGAAAUACGUCUACCUUUACCUUGCGACGAGUCUUUAUGGUUGGCUUCGAGUGCCGAGACGGUUCGUCAUAAUGAUUCGAAUUUCAGAUUAUAUGGUGUCAAGGCUGUCUCGUUCUUGGACGGAUUAAAAUGUGCCAUCCACGGGAAGGAAGUUCGAACCCACGCCUUUGGUCGCAUGAUUAUUAUGUGUGGCCUUCUAAGUGUCGGUUGGCACCUGAGACAUCGCGACACGCAUCUCAAAUGGUUGGAGCUUGGUGCUAAUUCCUCUGAUACGAGGGAUAAAUGGUGUAACAUGCUCCUCAAAGCAUUUGAUGAUUGGAAGACCAGUUUUGAUGUGGCUGUCGGUUCGAGUGACUCCGAGACGGAUGGCCCUGGACCACAAGCUCAUUCCAACGGACUUAUCCAAAGCGCAUCUGUCCUCUAUCACCUUGCUCAUAUCAGUCUGUAUAUCGACAUUGUAGAUUGCCAAGUCUACACGGGAGCGAAGAGGUUACUCGGUCGCAAAGUCUCUACUCGAGAUUAUAAGAAUGUUGUAGCUCGAAUGUCUGUAUGGGCAAAUCAGAUGACAACCCGUCAUGCGAUACUCCACGCCUUCAAGCUUCUUCAUCGCAUCCUCGCGGACCCCCGCCAAAAGAGGGACAAUGGAUAUCCUAACACCCCUGUUGAUACUCAUGGGGUACAGUACUCAUGUCGACGAGAUCCUGAUCCUCAUAGACCUUGGAUUAUGUAUUAUGCUACCUUGAGUAUUUGGUCUUUCGUAAGAGCACUUACUCAUUCCAGGGAUCAACCCAAUACCCUUCCACCGUUCCCGCCGCAAUUACAGCGUAACACGACGAAUGUUUAUGAUUACCUCUGUAAAGUAACUAAACUCUCCGAGCUCGAUACUUCGGCCACGAAUCUGCAAGCGAACCUCCAGGAUGGGUUAUCUAAUCUACUUGAUACCAUCGGUACGCUUACAUCCGAAUCACCUUCCGAGCUACUCAAGGAAGCAUGCGGUCGGCUCGAUGCGUGCAAGCAAAUGCUUUACCACGGCGACUCUUGAGCACAUCAUCUCGAGGUCUUGAUCCUUAUCUGCCUGCCUACCUACCUACCUAUUUAAUGUUGUAAUGAGCGUAGCGAUUGUAUUUGAUCAUUUAACCCUAGUAGUCUGGGACACCAUCGCUAUUAGCACUACAAAAUAGCUUUGUUCUAGUUGAGUUAAGCUUAAAAUUCGGAUAGCCGGCUUGAGGAACAAGUCUGGCUAGUUGAACAUGUAUACACAAGGGCCAUCUCCUUUUCCUAGCACGAUGUUGGUA